AUGAGGUCGUUGUCGGCCUUGGGCACCUUGGGUGCUGCCUCGCUGGUCGCGGCACAAACCGCCUUUUCACCGCCUGUAAAAGUAUCUCUCACUACUUCAUGGGCUGCCCCUCCUAUCCUCCUUGAAAUACUUGAAACUACUGCCGCAGAGCAUCCUGGACGCUACUUUGAGAUUUUGGAUGCUCUUAUCGACCGUUCCUCGGAUGGACUUCUUGGUCCAAUCACCGAACCGGUCCACAAGCCAAAAUACGUAUACAGCACUGCUCUGGCUCACCUUAUAACUCGUGGAUUCUUGACAGAACCCAAUGCACUUUCAGCCUUUGAGAAAAAUAUGGCACUGCAUUCGGCUACACCCAAAAUACAAGCGUUCUACCAACUGUUUGGGGAUCCUUCCAAGGCUCCAGAAUGUCAAAGCUGGAUCGAGUGGUCAGGAAAGCAGGCUUGCACUUCCGAAGAGGCCGACGCCCUUCUUGCUGGAGCAUCCAACGGCGGCCAUACUCAGAUAUUCCCAUUCGAUCAUGUCCAGGAGUCUACAAGUGGAGGAUGCACGUCUCAUGCAAUUUUCUACGCAUCGCUGAGCUCCCCAAAUUUCUAUGACUUGUACUCGUACUUGCGCUCGAAAUCCGAAACACCCGGGUUUUGUUACAUCUUGAGGUAUUCGCCUCCCAAAGACACCCUCAUCACUGGUGAACAGUCUCGGAAUAUAUUAUCUGGAUACGGCGUGGCUCUUGAUUUGAAGAAAAUGGACUAUCUUGCGCUUGAUGAUCGUGGGCCUCGUGGAAAAGAUGAGGAUAGCGACUCUACGACGAACGAGAGUAUUGUAUGGGAAGAUUACGUGUCUUCUUUACUUUCCGAACACCCCCACGAAGACCUCGACUUGACAGCCCCACUCACCGAGCACGAAAUCUCGUCCCUCCCACUACGCGCAACACACCUGGUCAUGUCGUCUGAAGACCCUCUGAAGGCUCUUUCGCAUCUCUCUCAGAAUUUCCCGAAGCAUGUUGUAUCAGUUGCCCGUCGCUGGGAUCCUGCCCGAACAGAGGAUCUCAAAGCCAAACACGAAAGCGUCGAAGCAGAGGUUCAGGCUAACAUGCACAUGGUAUCGGGUGCUGGAAACAUGUUUUGGCUGAACGGAGUUGCCCUACCAGAGGCAGAUAUAAACCCCUUUAGCCUGCUUCGCUUACUUCGUCGCGAGCAUCAGACUGUCAAUUCACUUAUGAAUGCCAACCUCACUUCGGAACAGGCUAUUCAUGUAUUGACAAAUCCUGAAAUCGGAAAGGCAUCCGUAGCAUCAGGACCUACGGACGGUGUAUUCGACGCUAGUGACGUGAAGAAGGCGGAGGCGCUAUCAUAUGGCUCAAUGAUAUCGAGAAGGACAAGAGCUCUUCCGCCCAAUGUACCCUGGACAAUUCCCGACCUCAGACGAAACUGCUUUAAUGUGAUAGCCGCACUAGAUCUUUCUCGCACAAGUAGCAUAUCCUUUGUCGUCCAGCUCGCAAAUAACCUCAUCUCGCGAAUGCUCCCUUUCCGUUUUGGCUAUGUCCCGCUUAUUGAAACUGCGGAGUCUCGUCAAAUCGCUCGACUGAUGAAGUGGAUGAUGGACGAAUACGGCUUUGAGAAGACUGCACAGUAUUUCUCAGUGGCAAUUACCCCCUCGGACACUGUUGACUUGAAACUCCUCGAAACAGCAUACGUACAGUAUACUACUCAGAUGCCCCCUCAAUCAGGAAACGUGCCCGAGUUCUCUAGCUUCUCGGCCGACCCAUUACAGAUCCAAGUGGUCGGACACCAGUUUGUCCCUGACGAGGAGCUCCAACCCGCAGCCGCCUACGCCAAGAGGCUCCGCCUCGGCGCACAAGAUGGCUCAGGAAAGGGGCAUGUAUUCAUCAACGGCAAGCACUUUGCUUACGAUGACGUCAACUUCUUCCAGGAGCAGCUCUACGCUGGUACUUUGGUCGAUGCCCCUGAGACUGACGUAUCUGUCUUUAUGUACGAUCUCCCUACGACCGCUAAACGCCGGAACAAAUUUAUUUAUCCGUCGGGCAACCUGAGGGUAUAUGCGUUGGAUAACCUGUUCAUUCGUAUCAUUUGUUCUAUCAAACUUGGCCCAGUCUUACAACCUCAUCAAGCGGGAGGGCAUCCCGUUCCUUUGACGAUAUCGGUGGUUGGUGAUAUGGAUAAUGAAGAGACUUUAAAUUUGGCCAUUGAGGGGUUGCGUGGCAUGUCUGACGAUGCCAAGUACCGACUCGGCUUUAUCCACACACCGACCGUCAACCCAUCCGAUCUUCCGUCUACACAACAGCCACUAGUCUCUCCUAUGCUUGCCCGACUCGCAGCUACCGGAAACUAUGCUGAAUUCCCUCCAUCCGAGCUUGCUCAAAUCCUUGAGGAAGCGAAACAGCUGGUCGUGAACGCGGCAGAACUGAACGUGCAGAUAAUCCGGUCUUGCUCAACCUCAACAAUCGGCUCACGGGAAUUACCAACGAAGGUCAUCGGCCCGUUGGCCGGUUCCGACUUUGUCGCUGAAGACUUUGGAUCACUGGCCAAUUACGAGGCUGCGAAGCGUGUUACUCCUGUCGUGACUGCGCUUAAUGCUGUGCGCGAGGAUCUUACGGAGCUUGACCGACCUGCCUAUGCCGAUCUUAUUGCCCGAGUCUCGUCGAUAAUUAGCUCUGUAUCGGUACCAGACCCUGGCGAAGAAGGCUUGUUCCAGUCAAAAUCCUUAGCAAGGCAAAGGCCCUAUAAUGAACUCAUUGGAAAGGACUGUACUUUUGAAAUCGGUGAUAAUUCGACUGCCCUCUUCCACGUAGGACUCCUUCUAGACCCACUCAGUGAACCUGCCCAAAAGUGGUCUAGUAUUGUCGAAUGGCUCGCAACCGUCCCUCAAACGCAUAUUCAUGUUCGCUUGAACCCCGCGGCUGCACUCACAGAGAUACCUUUGAAGCGAUUCUACCGAUACAAUAUUCAGCCUCGGCUUACUUUCGAUCAGGAUGGGUUCGAGAUGCGCAAUCUGGUUGAAUUCCAUGGUCUUCCGGUCGAGCCUAUUUAUACACUUGCCAUGGAUGUUAAUCCCGCUUGGCUGGUUCGACCAUACAUUUCUGAGGCUGACUUGGAUAAUAUUCAUUUGGCAUCACUUUCCGAUCCCAAAGCCGGUGUCGAGGCUAUUUUCCACUUGGAUCACCUUGUGAUUGAAGGCCACGCGCGUGAAGAAAAUAAUGCCCCUCCUCGCGGUGUCCAGUUGCAACUCACGUCUUUGGACGGAAACCCCACCGCAGAUACCCAAGUUGUUGCAAAUCUUGGCUACUUCCAGUUCCGCACUGGCCCAGGCGCAUUCCGGCUUGAGAUUCGGCCCGGGCGUGGGCGUGACGUCUAUACCAUCGAGAGCGCUGGCAAUGAAGGAUGGAACAGUGGCCACGUCAAUGUCACUGGCACGGAAAUUACCUUGACGAGUUUCGAGGGGCAUACAAUAUACCCGAGAUUGAACCGCAAGCCUAGUAUGGAAUCAGCGGAUGUGCUUGCUGAACCUGAAAAGGAGGAAAGCAUUUGGAGCCGCGUAAGCUCAUUGUGGGGAUCCAAACCUACCGAUGUCGUUUCAGAGUCAAAACAAGCAGAUAUCAAUAUAUUCACAGUCGCGUCAGGUCUUCUCUAUGAGCGAUUCGUUUCCAUUAUGAUUUUGAGUGUCAUGAGGAAUACAAAGUCAACCGUCAAAUUGUGGCUCAUUGAGAAUUUCUUGUCUCCGUCCUUCCUCGAAUUUAUCCCGCAUUUAGCCGAGAAAUAUGGAUUCCAAUAUGAGUUGGUCACUUACAAAUGGCCAUCUUGGUUACGUGCCCAAAAAGAAAAGCAAAGGGUUAUCUGGGCCUACAAAAUCUUGUUUCUGGACGUCCUUUUCCCAAUGGACUUGAAGAAGGUCAUAUUUGUAGAUGCCGACCAAAUUGUGCGCACCGAUUUGAAAGAACUUGUUGACCUAGACCUACAAGGCGCACCAUAUGGGUAUACGCCCAUGGGUGACGAUAACGAGGCUAUGGAAGGCUUCCGGUUCUGGAAGCAAGGUUACUGGAAAGACGCCCUUCGUGGCAAACCUUAUCACAUCAGUGCUUUGUAUGUCGUGGAUUUGAUGGCUGCCGGUGACAGACUACGUGGCCAAUACCAAGCCUUGUCUGCGGACCCUAAUUCGCUUGCCAACCUCGACCAAGAUUUGCCAAACAACAUGCAAGAUCAAGUUCCUAUAUUCUCGCUUGACAAGGACUGGUUGUGGUGCGAAACUUGGUGCGACAGCGCAAGGUUUGAUCGCGCCAAAACCAUAGACUUGUGUCAGAACCCGCUUACAAAAGAACCGAAGUUGGCGAGAGCACGGCAAAUCCCCGAGUGGACCUCUUAUGACAAUGAGAUUGCCGAGUUCGCACGCAGUCUUGUCGAUUCCGGCAAAAUACGAUCUCGGGCAAUUUCUGGGUCGGUUGACGCGUUAGCUAGCGUUGGCAAAAAGGUCACUACAAGCACGACUGAAGAGUCUCCGGUUCCCACUCAGAACGAGGAGGCAGAGUCUCAUCGAGAACACGAAGAACUUUAG